AUGUUUCGUUAUACUAGUUCCCGCAUGGGAAUGUUCUCUACUAGUCGACUGCCUAUACGGAUGGAAGCGUUAAGGCAAACUGGGUCGCAAUCAGGACAGACCGUAAGAGUGCAGAGAGUUCACAUGAAGUCUCCUGGGUUUCGUUGGAGACCUCUCGUUGCGUAUGUAGUCACUGCAUACGUCGGCAUAAAGAUCUACGAAAGGGUUGUACUGGACCCCCUCGAUCGCGCAUUGGAGCAGGAAAUGAAGGAUAUGCCGGCAGAAGAUUUGGAGCAAGAGAAGGCAUUAUUCAUACCAUUUCCAGGCACGACCAAGCAAUUGAGACCAAAACCUUACAGAGGUAGCGACCCGGAGUGGAAGGAAUUUAUCAAAUUUAGUAAAGACCGGUCACUACAAGACAAAGUUAGAGAUGAACUUGCGCAAUUCGUUAAAGGGGUCGCAGCUAAACACCCAGUCCUAGCUAUGCGGUGCGGUAAAGACUUGAGAUUGAGGAGAUGCUGGUUGGACGUCGACUUCCCACAGUUUCCACCCCCGGAUUUCGAGAGGUCAGGAAUCGAAAUAUCGGACGAUGCGAUAUCUUGGGUGACAAUGCCAGUAGACUCCGUAACUGUCUUCAAAAUUCGUCAGGUUUUGUGGCCGUCUGCUCUUGUUCAGUCUUUCUGGAAUUUUACAAAGGUGUUGUUUGUCGAGGACUCAAAACGAGUUGCUGGGAUGCUAGGAAUUCAGACCCAGAAUCCGCAACUUCAGUCUAUAGAUCAAAUGUUAGCACGACAACAACAGAUGAUUAAAACGAUACCCAACAAGAAUGGGCCGGGUCAAUUAUCUCCAGGUACGGGCGACGCUUCAAAAUCAAUCAUAAAAGUGCCAACUCCGGUGCCAGCUGGUUCUCAGGGUCAGAAUUCUGAGGGCGAAGAGCUUGGUGUAGCGCAAAAGGCUGUGGUGGCACUUCAGCAACGAUUCUUUGCGCCUUUACUCGCUUUCCGCUCGAAAUUGAUGCAGACUUGGCGGCCAGCCCCAAGCUAUCCUCCUCGAGGGAGCAUAUUAGUAUCAGGAAUGGUGGAACUCGAAUCUUCAAGAGCCUAUCUUGUUUUUGAUGUUAGGGCAGCCUGGGAUCCUAAAGAGAAGGCUUAUGAUGCCAGGAGCAUGCAGCUUAAGCUGAGGAGGUUUCAGUUCAAGCAGCAAGGCCCUGGACUAAUGUAA